UGGCGUCCAUACGAAUAGAACUGCUAUAAAGACUCGCUUUCAACUCUGCCCCUUAGGGAAGAGGGGGAAACCAAGGGAUUGGGCGAGAGAAGGCCAAAAUCAGUGGCUCCAUCUUCUCCGGCCGCCGAUGGAGAACAUUAUCGACGAGUACAAAUACUAUUGGGAAACCAACAUGUUUCUGCACAACGAAGAGUUCGACGGGUGGCCGGGCCUGGACGAAGCGUUCUACGGCUCCUACGACUCGAGCUCGCCGGACGGAACGCCGUCGUCUUUGGAAGCCUCAAAGAACAUCUUAUCGGAGAGGAAUCGGAGGAAGAAGCUCAACGAUCGCCUUCUCGCGCUCAGAGCCGUCGUCCCUAAUAUCACCAAGAUGGACAAGGCGUCGAUAAUCAAAGACGCGAUAGAGUACAUCCAAAAGCUGCGAGAGCAGGAGAGGAGAAUCGAAUCAGACAUCUCGGAUCUGGAAUCGGGAAAAGUGAAGAGAACUCCGGCGAGCGAUUCCGGCGACGAUCAGAUUUCGGCGAAGAAGACAGCGGAUGCGAAUCGAGAGCCGAAAGGUGAUUCCGAGGGCGAUGCGUCGUCGUCUUCAACAAUCGAAAUUCUCGAUCUUAGUGUGAACUACAUGGCGGAGAAGACGAUCAUUGUGAGUUUGACUUGCAGACGGAGCGGCGACACCAUAUUGAAGCUCAGCCAAGCAAUCGAAUCGCUCAACCUCAAAAUUAUUACCGCUAAUAUCACCGUCGUCGCCGGUAGGCUCUUGAAUACUCUAUUUGUUGAGGCAGAGAGAGCAGAGGAAGAGGAAGUAAAGGUAAAAGUAGAAACAGCAAUAGCAGCAAUUUGUGAUCGCAAAAGCCCUAUGAGCAUUUGAUAGAACCUCUCAACUGUGGCUCACAACUUGUCAUCUCAUUUCCAAGUAGAAUUGGUUCUCCUUUCUCUCUCUCUUUGUUAUUUUCCUCUCUGUCUGGAAAAUAAAAUUAUAGGAAAUUUUUAGAAAUGAAGAUAAAAAAAUGUCUUUCUACGGUUGCAAAAAUUCUCAUUUAUUAGAAGGAAAAAUAAAAGCACAAAACUGCAGACAGUGCCAUGCCACCCGAGUCAACUUCAAUAAGGAAAAUAGGAAAUGAGAGUGAUGAUUUUAUUAUAAUCUUAAAUGGGUAUCUCGAAGAGACAUUAUAAUACAUGCUUGCUUGAAUUACGAAAGGAAAAAGAGAAAAAUUAUGAGUUUAGUACUUGAA